CACGGCCCAACACCGACCGUCUUUGCUGCUACUGUGCUCAAUCAGCGUUCGCCCGCGCUGCUAUCGUCUCGUCUCUGCUCCUCACCACCCGGUCACACCUCCACUCUCACUCUCUCGUCACCUUCUCCUCCUCCUCAACUCUUCACCCUCUCGUCCUGCCACCUUCGUGGGAUUCCGUCUCAUCGCUGCCUGACUAAUCCCCAUCUACUUAAUCCUGCGAACCUCCAGACCCGGUCCUUCUCUGCUAUCGAUAGCUCCCGACUCCAGAACCCCGCCGCAAUGUCGACCUCUGCCCGCCGCCGUCUCAUGCGCGACUUCAAGCGUAUGCAAACCGAUCCUCCCGCUGGAGUCUCGGCAUCUCCUGUGGCAGAUAAUGUCAUGACCUGGAACGCCGUGAUCAUCGGCCCCGCGGACACUCCGUUCGAAGACGGCACCUUCCGCCUGGUCAUGCACUUCGAAGAGCAGUACCCCAACAAGCCCCCCGGCGUGAAAUUCAUCAGCCAGAUGUUCCACCCCAAUGUCUACGGCACAGGCGAGCUCUGCCUGGAUAUUCUGCAGAACCGUUGGAGCCCAACCUAUGACGUGGCAGCGAUCCUGACCAGUAUCCAGAGUCUCCUCAACGACCCCAACACCUCGUCCCCCGCGAACGUGGAAGCCUCAAACCUCUACAAAGACAACCGGAAGGAGUACAUCAAGCGAGUGCGGGAGACGGUGGAAAAGAGCUGGGACGACUAGACCAUGUCCCGGCUCGGGCUAUUGUUAUGGUUUUGGCUUGGGCACAUGGCGACCGCAGACGCCGGCUGUCAUGCAUCGGGAGCUACGGCAGUUGCGGUCGUUCAUGCGUUGUGGGGGACUAUCUUGGGCUGAUGGAUUCUCACAUUUGAUGACGUGCACAGCGUGGGGUUUGGGCGCCUGGUACAUACUUAUGAUAUUUCCUUCGGUCUUGUUGAUAGCUGCAUCAUUUCAGUCUGGUUUGCAUAAUGCAUUAAAUGUGC